CAGUAUCGUGAUGCAUCAGAAGGCCAUCAGAGUCCUCGACUUGCGGUAACACAUAUUAUUCUCGGCCGCCAAGUCGCGUACAAGACUCAUAUGUGGCGAUGGCAGCCGAGCCCCUCUCCCCGAUGGACUUCAUCGCCCCUGCGCGCAUCAAAGUGCAGCUUCUCCCGGUCGGCCGCAUCAGGCGCAUGCGCUUUUUAGCGUUUGUGGACCUUCUGCGUCAACAAUCGCUGGUCCGACUUGGAGAUGUUAGUCCCGAUCCUCGGCCAGACAGGAAUAUGUUCUCUCCUCUUGCAUUUCCCAAUGGAACCCUUCUAUAUGACUUGUCAACGUCGCUGCCUUCAGCUUCGCAGCUGUCUCUAUCACCCUUUGAGCAAUUCCGAGAGCCUCUGCUGGUGAUUGGCAUCGCAGACGCGACAGAGUAUCCGUGGCUUAACAAGUCACGUGAUGACGAUAGCGCGCAUGUCGUGCCCACGCCAGAUGAUGAAGAUGCACAGGAGUUAGCUUCAGUGACUGAUGACCUAAGAGAGCAAUUUCCGAAAGCAUACCACCACUGCAUGAUGGUUUUUGAGUUUGCAUCUCCCACUCGGCAUCCGUGGUUGUCUCCAGAGGAGACCCUCUUCAUACCUCCGAUGGCAGACCUGAAGACAACGACCCUAAAAACUAUCAUAUGCGAUCUAACCUCGAUCUUGUUGGCAGAAAUGACGACUCUUGCUCGUUCUAUUCAAGCGUUGCCUACUAUUGCAUCACCAGCCUCGAACAGCGGAUUGGCAGACAAUGCUCCCAGCUGGGCCAGUCCUGAAACCGGCACAGCUCAGUUCUCACGACGUGCUUCGCAGACGCCUGCAGCAAGCAGACCAGAGUCACCUGUGUCCGGUGCACAGUCCAAGGAUUUCCAUCGCAUGUCGAUGCCUGUGUUGCCAUCGUCAUCCGGAAGCUCGCUGUCAACAGACAACCCCAGAACUGGCUCACCUUCCAGUCAAGAAAUGCGUACACCCCCCACUACGUUUGAUGAGAUUCCGGGUGUGAAUAACCCGACUUCACCGCCCCAGAAUACCCCCGCAACAAAGACCAGAGAUGCCAGCGCCGACAGAGUGUCUAUCCAAGGUUUUGGGUCUGGCGGGGUCGGAGAGCGAGCCCGGAACAAGGGCCGCGGAAGAGUGAGCAUCGUUAUUGGUUCUCUAUACAUGUGCGCUGGUCAUUGGCACGAAGCCAUGCGAGAGCUCACGGAUGGUGCUACUAGAGCUCGAGCUUAUAGUGAUCACUUGUGGCAAGCCAAAGCCCUGGAAAAUAUCAUGGUCUGUCUGUUGUUGUUUUCGUGGUCGGGAAUGGAUUUCCAGAUACCUCAAAUAUGCUUUCCCAUAUACGACAAAUCGUCUAAAUCACCCGACCACACGCCUACGAAUAGCGUGUCUGAUAUGACGGCAUCAGGCCGGCCUUCUAGCCAUGCUAUGGCUCUUGAAAGCCUCAACCAUCUACUUCCAGACUUGGUAAACAUGAUAUUGAACAUGUACAGCCGAGCGGCGAACUUUGCAGGCGAAGCUAUGCCGCCUCUGGCACUAUCUGAAUGUGUCAUAAGAUUCUCGAAGCUCUUGGCCGCAAUGAAUCUCUCUGCUGGGUAUCUUGAUUACGAUUCUCUCCAGCAUCUGGUUCGCAAUACGCCCUACGUACAAAAGCCGAGGCUUUCGGUCCCGAGACUGAGCGUUCACCCCACCCGCAAUGAUAUUGCUACGAUGCUGUUUAGAGCUCUUCCUGGUCCCGUUGAGACAUCAGGAAUGAACCCUACAGACCGAGUCCUGGUGUUGGCAGGCGUUGCAUCCGUGCUCGCAUCCCUGGGCCUGCAGCGCAAGAAAGCCAUUGUGAUGAAAGAGUUCAUCACCUCUUUAAUCCCCGGCCUCGUGCAGGCUCGCAAGAUCGGAGCCGCUGAGAUGGGCGUCCAUCCUGCCGCUGGUCUCGCUGCGCUCAACAUGGUGGGCGGUCAUCCUUCUGGUGCUGGAGCCCUCCAUCUUGGUGAGGCUGAAGUAGAGAACGGCAUUGAAGAGUUCCUUGGCCUGCUUGGGCGAAUUUACGGCAUACCCAAUUCGAAGGGUUCGUUCUUUGCCGCACCAACUCCAGGAACGCUGGACUCAUCCCAUGAUGCCACUAGCCAGCGUCUUAUCGACCACAUCUUGAAGAUAUCAACGCUGAAAUCAUUUGGAAGCAUGAGCUUGAAAUUGGAGGUUCUGCGGAUGUGCCUCAACUUCUGCGAAGCCCUGCCUGAUUUCAAUGGGGUGCUCCAUUUCACCUCAUUGAUGCUACGCGUUGCUGGACCCGGCACAGCACCGAGGCCGAAUAGUACUGAUGUGUUUGUCUCGCUUUCGCGGGAGGAGCAAGCCAGGCUGUUUUCGAACAUACCUCGCACAGUCGCGGCGGCAGGCAAGCUCGGUGUGCAGCGAGUGGAGACUGAGUACUGGGAUGACUUUCUGCUCCGCGGUCUUUGGCGAAAUGCGAGAAAAAUGGUCCGUUUUCUGCACAACCCCUGGCUGAAGAAGCCCCAGACUGGCGCCUCUGAGACCAUACUCGUGGCCAACGAGGACUAUCGCUUUGUCUUAGCGCUGCAGAACCCUUACGAUUUCGAACUCGAAGUGCAGUCCCUGAGAAUCGCGGCAGACGGCCUCGAGUUUGUCGGCAAGGAAGAGAAUUUCCUCCUAGGCCCCUAUCGAACACAAAAGUUCCAGGUGACGGGCAGAGCGCUGUCGUCGGGGUCGAUGAAGAUUAUUGGGUGUUAUAUCAAAAUCAUCGGGUGCAGUGAGCGCUUGUUUCCUAUCUUUCCGCAGCCCUGGAGACCAACAAGGGAAGCGAAGAUGAAGCGUAUCGGGCUCAAGGCCUGUCUGGGCGCGCCAGCUACCCGACCAUCGACAGCAGUGGAUCCUACAAUUGCAAGGCAGGCACCAUCUGCACCGCAGCCAGAGAUGCUGACCUUCAGCGUCAUCCCCGAGCAGCCCAUCAUCACCGUAUCUAAGGUGUCUCUACCUCAGUCCGCGCUGAUGGUUCUGGAGGGAGAGAGCAGACAGUUUACAGUGACUGUCAAGAACACGUCAGUGACCACAGCGGUCGACUUUGUGCAUAUAACAUUCCAGGACUCUGCAACAACAGCAAUGCAAACUGCCCUCACAGAAAAGGGCCUGCCUGCUGCUGAGAUGCACGAGCUGGAAACCCAGCUAGCUCGCUUCCCGCCGAUGCGCUGGUGCAGGGAUGAUGAGGAUGAGUCGUUCAAUAUUGCGCCUGGCUCAGAAGCAGACUUUACCGUUGAAGUCGUGGGAAGGACGCGCCUGACAGAUGCUGUCAUCCAGAUCAACUACGCACACCUCGGCAAGCGACGGUCUGAAGUACAGGACCGAUUCUUCACUCGACAGGUGUCGGUACCUAUCUCGAUCACAGUAAACGCCAGCGUUCAGCUUCAGCGUCCUGAUAUAGUACCGCUCUCCGACGACUUUGCGUGGUCAAGCCAGGACGAGCAGCCCGCAAGCCAGGACGAGCAGUCCGCAACCGCAUCACUAUCGAGCGAACUCCUCAACAAGACCAGCAGCAACCACCGCAAAUUCUUCCAGCACAUGCGCACCCUCGGCCACGGCAACGAAUACUGCCUGAUGCUGCUCGACCUGCGCAACUCCUGGCCCAACCCACUAACCACCACCCUACAAGUGCGCCCGCCACCCUCGCUCACCCCCUCCUCCGACUCCGACCCCGAUUCCGACCCCUGGGCGCACGCCGCCACCGUCACAGAAGUCAUCCAGCCGGGCCACGUCCACCGCCUCGCCAUCGCGCUGCCGCGCAUCUACAUCGCGGACCCGCACGCCGCCGUGCCCUCGCUCAACGCCGCCAACCAGCGCCAGUUCGUCGUCAGCACGAGCAAAAUCUCCCCCGAGACGGAGCGCGCCACGCGCGAGGCCUUCUGGCACCGCGACGCGCUGCUGCAGUUCGUCCGCGGCGCGUGGGCCGAGCCCGCUGGGUCGCGCGCCGGCGCUAUCGAUCUGCGCUCGCUGCGUCUGAGUGCGCGCAUGGUCGAUGCGCUGAGGCUGCCGGAUGUGGGGAUUGCGAUGACGCUGGCGCUUGCCUCCGAUGUCGAUGUCGAUGUCGAUACCCCCUCUACCUCUACCUCUAUCUCUACCUCCGCCUCCGCCCCCGCGGCCUCCCCAGACGCUCCCGCCGUCCACCGCCUCAGCCCCUCCUCCUUCUCCGCCCCAACAAACACCUUCCUCACCCUCACCACCUCCCUCAAAAACCGCUCCCCCCGCCCCAUCGCCCCGCUCCUCCGCCUCCAACCCCACCUGAAAGCGCUCCCGCACCACCUCGCCCUCGACCUCGACAAGCGCCUGUCCUGGACCGGCGUGCUGCAGCGCCGUCUCCCUGUCUUGCCGCCUGGGGGGACGCUGGAGGCGAAAAUAGGGGUGGUGGCGCUGUGUGCGGGCGUUUUUGGGGUCGGGGUGGGGGUUGAGGAGGGGGAGGUGCUGGAGGGUGUGAAGGGUGAGGAGCAGGGAGGAAAGGGGGGGAGGGAGGGGGGGAGGGGGAGGAGUGAUACCGCGGUUUUGUUGCAGGGGGGGGAUGUGGUCGGGGAGGUGGGGUUGAGGAGGUGGGUUGGGGAGGGGUGUGUGCUUGUUGCUAGGAGGGAGGAGGAGUAG